UAAUUUAAUAAUAAUUAUUAAAAUGACAGACAAAGAGUCAACGGGUAAAAUAUGUGGCGUUUGUGGCGAUAAAGCUAUAGCCAAAAAUUUUGGUGCCGUUUCCUGUGAAUCGUGUAAAGCUUUUUUCAGACGCAAUGCACACAAACUAAAUGUAUAUAAAUGUUAUUUUGAUGAGAAAUGUAAGUUAGAUAGCGUUACCCGAAAAUUUUGUCGUCGCUGUCGACUUAAAAAGUGUUUUGACAUCGGUAUGAAACAGGAGUGGAUAUUGAAUGAUGAAGAAAAGCAAAUCCGCCGCAAGAAAAUUGAAGACAAACGCAAAAAACGCAAAAAUUCAGUACAAAGUUCUUCGUCGGACUCAAAGAAUAGUGACUCGAAUGCAUCAAAUUCUCCGCCGGAUUUGUUGGCAAAUCUUGAGAUGAAUACUACACUUGAUUUGUAUGACAAUCAGGAUAUUAGUGACGAUGAGAUUAUUACAAACAUUGUAGACAUUGAGAGUUAUAUUUUCAACGGAGAGAAAGUUGAAGACGACGACAACGACGAUGACAUCUCUCCCGAUGUCUACCAAAAGGCAGUGGAAUUAGAGUUUGCAGUCCUUCCUAUUGCGCGGACAGUCGGGGAUAAUAGUGGACAGUUCAACGAAUUGGAGUACAAUAGGCUUACUGAGCUGUUUAGUGCAUUAAAUAUUAUGCAAAUAAAGAUACCAGAAAAUGGUGUACCUUUGAGUAAUAUGGAGGAAAUGUGUCAAUUAAUGGCUGUUAAAGUGGAUACAGAAAUCCGUAAUUUGGUGACAGUAUCUAAAGGUUUGAGUGCUUUCAACAAUAUGUGUGAAAACGAUCAAAUCUCACUCCUUAAGUAUGGAUCACUUGAGAUAUUCUGUAUGCGAUCAGUACUUACUUAUGAUUACAGUAACGACUCGUGGACUUUGGUUAUGGAGGAUAAUCAGUCAAUUAUAUUAAAUUUUCGUACUCUACCUGAAGCCGAAAGUGUAUUUAUCUCACAUAAAAACUAUUUGAGAAAAUUAGGCAAAGAAUGGGAUUCGGAUCCAUAUAUUCUUGAUUUGUUAACCGCUAUAGUAUUGUUUAAUCCAGACCGACCUAAUCUCAUACAUAAGGAUAUGGUUAAAUUACAACAACAGUUAUACAUGUAUUUACUUCAGCGAUACCUCCUAUUAAAGACUAAAUCAGAGUGUCAUUCAAAGGAAAAGUUUUUGCGUCUAUUGAAUACAUUACACGAUUUGAGUCAAUUUAUUAAAGUAAAAAACUCUACCUGUGCUCAUAGUGCUAAAAGUGGAAGUACUGGACCACCAUUUGGACCAUUGCUUCGGGAGAUAUUAGAUAUUCAAGAAUAGUUUGCUUUUUAAUAACACUUUAAUAAUGAAAUCGCAAUAUAUUUAUUUACACAAAAUUUCAUUAUAAAUUGCAAAUUAUAUUAUUAU